CUCCAGGGUGCAAUUCUCAAGACAUCAUACCAUGCCUAAACAGUAAGUCAAUUAUAUAAAGAGAAAAACCCAGAGUAACAUGAUGUUAUAUCUUUACUAAAAUUCUGUUUAUUGUUUAAAAUAUGUUGCUUCUCACAAAUUAAACCUUUGAAUUGAAGAAUAAAAGAAUGAAAAUAGAUUUGUGUAAGCCACAGACAUACUGGUAUAGGGACUGGGUGAAUAUAGCUUGUUUCUGUGAAUGUGUUUUUUGUUGUUGUCUUUUUGAAAAUGACGAUGUUAAUGUGUAAACUGCUUUUAAACUUUUUGAGCCAUUCAGACAAAGAUUGAAUGUUUUGUUAUAUGUAAUUCAACAUGGUGAUACAGACAUCAUUCGAGUUACUGUAAUGGUUUAGAAGGCACAGUUGAAGUUUCAGUUUCAGUUUUGCAAUGAAUGGUGAAGCAAAGCUUCAUUUGCAUGGCACGACAGCAUAACGGUGAUGCAGCAGUAGUUGUGACCAGUGCACAGUACAUUUCAACUUGUCCUACUUUUAAACAUGUCAAAAGGUAGGUUAAAGUUUUGAAUAAGUUUUUAUUUAUUUAUUUGAUUGUUUCAGGUUACAAUAUGUGAAAAAACCCUGACAAAAUGUCAAUAUAUUUAAUCUUCUCACAUUUCCUGGGUCCUCCUAAUGUGCCAAACCUAUAGUAUAGUCCCAUUGUGAAGAGCAUUCUAAUAACUCUACUGCAUGCUUUUCCAAUUAUUUCUUCCUUUUAAAUAAUACAAUGUCAUGCAAAGAUCAUGUUAGUGAGGAGAACAUGCAGCUCAGCGUGGAGCAACUACAACGGAUAGAGCAGAAUAGGCGCACCGCUCUGGAAAGACUGGCUAUCCGAAAUGUUCCUGUACUUGUCGGUGAAUGCUGGCGGAGAGAAAUUGGGACAGAAUUUACUAAACCUUACUUCACAAAGCUCAUGUCAUUUGUUACAAUGGAGAGGAAAUGCUUUACGGUCUAUCCCAGCCCUGAGCAGGUGUUUAUGUGGACAACUUUGUGUGCAAUUGAAGAUGUAAAAGUGGUUAUUCUUGGGCAAGACCCCUAUCACCACCUAGGUCAGGCCCAUGGUUUAGCCUUUAGUGUGCUGAAACCUAAACCCCCUCCUCCUAGUUUGGAAAACAUAUUUAUGGAGCUGACAGAAGAUAUUGUAGGCUUUCUGCGCCCGGGUCAUGGAGACCUCACAGAAUGGGCGAAACAGGGUGUUCUGCUACUGAAUUCUGUGUUGACAGUGAGGUCUCAUCAGCCCACGUCCCAUGAGGGUCAAGGCUGGGAACUCUUCACAGAUGCUGUGAUCCAGUGGCUCAGCAGCAAUCUCGACAGCCUGGUCUUUCUACUGUGGGGCUCAUAUGCUCAGAGAAAAGGAAGAGUGAUUGACAGAAAACGUCAUCACGUCCUUGAGACUUCACAUCCAUCACCGUACUCGGCACAUUUGGGCUUCUUUGGAUGCAGACACUUCUCUAAAACAAAUAUGUUCUUAACAAAAUCUGGAAAAAAACCAAUUGAUUGGACUGCCUUCUGAUAAAGCAUCCCUUUUUUAUAAGCCUCGUCACUGCUCAUGAACAUGAAAUAUUUUGUAUAACUCUCUGCAAAAUACGAGUAAAAAACAGUAAUAUUCCCGCAGCUGGGGGGCCAGAAAAAAAUUACAUAAAAUUACAUGUUUUUCUUGUUAUUUUAUACCCAACAUGUAAAUUUGCAGUCUAUUUUUGUAGUUUGACAUUUUACUGCAU